AAAGAUUCGCAGGUCUAGUAAUGACUGACCGCGAAGGAGGAAAUUACAAGAUGGGCUUCCUGAGCGAUAAGAAUGAUAAUUGUGCGCGAGAGGAAUUGCGUUGCUCGUACAACAAUAAUAAUGACCCACUCAGUGGUGAAAACACUCUACCGAAUCGUCAAUUGAAGUUUGAAACGAAACGAGAAAGAAACACAAACUUUAUAAAUGAGAUUCAAUUUAAUGGGAAUUUGUGUAUUUGGGAAAAGAAAAAUCAUAAUUAUCAAGAGAUUUUUCUGCCACAUAAUACUGAAGCUACGAUCAGUUUGACAAGAAACGGUUCUUCCUUAUCUCGUCUAGUUUGUGUACUUGGAGAAAUUAAAUUAAUUGCUGUAAGAAAAAACCGUCCCGUAAAAUUCGCUAUUUUAAACAUGAGAGCCAUUAUUAUUGGUGUUAUCUAUACAAACAAUUAUCAGCCCACAUAUCAAUUACCUGUUGCGAAUGAAAGAAUACAAAAAUCAGGAGGUUAUUUGCAAGCAGGAUACGAUGCCUUCAGCAAUUUUCAAUCGAAACAUCGUCUAGCGUUCAAGAUCUUUUUCCUAUCUCUGCUAAACGUUGUCAUAGUAAUUUAUUUCGUUUUCGCCACGCUAUAUUGGAUCAACAACAAUUACGAGAACAACAUCGAUUGGUGCAACGGUUACGGACUGCUGAUCCUCUUGCUAACGAUCGUUUAUGGCGGUAUUUUUUAUCAUUACUACGGGAAAAGGUUCCUUGAAUACUGUAGUCGACCAUGCAUCAACUUUAUCAGAGAUGUCCGCAAGACGAAAUACGGCGGUUUCGUUAUCCAGACGGCGAUCUACGUCUGUUUCUUCGUUGCUAUUAUUAUAUUCCUCAUUAUCGACACCGUUGACUCAAGGGAGAGAUUAAUAAGCGCAAUCGGAGUUGUUACAUUGCUCAGUUUCGGAUGGAUAUUCUCAAAACAUCCUGGUCGUGUCAGGUGGAGGCCAGUUUUAUGUGGAUUGAUGUUGCAAUUUCUCUUUGGUCUCAUCUCAAUUCGAUGGCCAGUUGGUCGAUCAAUCUUCCAAUGCUUCGCUAGCAAAGUAGAAGCGUUCCUGAAUUUCGCGAAGAGCGGUGCAAGCUUCAUUUACUCCGACGAAUUAGUCGCUGAUGUCUUUGCUUUCUCAACGCUGCCUGUGAUCUUUUACUUCAGCUUCUUCAUUCAAAUUUUGUACUAUUUAGGCGUUAUGCAAUGGGUAAUUUUUAAUUUAGGUAGGAUACUGCAAAGUAUUUUAGGGACUUCAAUUUGUGAGUCAGUAGCGUGUGCUGCAAACAUUUUUCUCGGAAUGAAAGGACUCCAGUUUGUUAGACGCUGCAAGUAAGGGGGCUGUGGUUGCGAUUCCUCUGGUUCUUGGUAUAAUCGCUAACAUCGUUGCAUUCGUGUCAUUCAUCGCGUUAGUCAAUGGUCUUCUCUCUUGGAUUGGAUCACUAGUUGGUUAUAAAGAACUCACCUUCGAAGUAUUCAUACCACUGAGUUGGAUCAUGGGAGUGCCCUGGGACAAAUGUGAGGACGUGGCUACUUUAAUCGGUUUAAAAACUGUGGUCAACGAGUUUGUCGCUUACGAAACUCUGGGAAAAUAUAAGAAACAAGGGCGAAUUUUCGGCAGAUCUGAAGCCAUAGCUACAUUUGCCAUCUGUGGGUUUGCGAAUCCUGGUUCUGUAGGAAUUACUAUGAGCAUGAUGAGUACUCUAGCUCCUGAGAAGAAAGAAGUUGUAGCCAGUAUUGUUAUGAGAGCCUUUGUGGCUGGUAGCGCAACCACCUUUCUCACUGCCAGCAUUGCAGGAAUGUUGAUAUCCAAUGACUAUAGUGAACAAUUAAUGAACGUAUUGCCAUUAAACACAACUGCCAGUUAACAAACUGUGAUUAGUACAUCAGUGAUUUCCAUUAAUUCAUCGUUCCAUAAUAUAAAUAAUUUUCUGUAAAUAGGUAGGGUAAAUAAAGAAGUCUACGUUUUUUUUCGACAGACUUAUUUGAUAUUAUUUAUAUUAUAACAUAUUAUAUUAUAACAAAUUAUAUUAUAACAAAAAAAUAUUAAAGUCGAUAAAUAACUGUCGGAGGCAUUGAUCGUUUGUUAAUUAUUUGCGCAUCGAUACAUGUAGAAAAGAUAAUUGAAACAUAGUAUGAUGAACUUAGAAACAUACAUUGGUGCAUUUUGUACGUUUUCGGUGAUCAUAAAUA